UGCAGUGCUGGGACCGCAUGGGGCCACAGACCCGGAGGCCUCCAUGUCUUCUUUCAAGGCUCAGCCCUUUCUCCCACCUGCUCCUGCUCCUGGGACCUCCCACCAGUCACCCUGGGGGCAGCACUCGCCCCCCCACAUGACCCCACCAUUCCCUCUUGGCGGCACUGUGGUGCUGCCCGCUUUCCCCAGGACACCGUUGGUGGCAGGAGAUGCCCGCCAUGGCCCCGUGGGGACAGCAGGUUGCAAUGUCAUUGUGCAGGUCAGGUCAGAGCAGGGGCCCACAGAGCCACCCCAGACUCAGACCAUCGUCCUCACCCAGGCGCCUGUCUACUGGAGUUCUCCCGGGGCCCUCUGUGGGGGUGCCACGGGUCCCGCACCCCUGUUCCUGGCAACCUCCGCCGUGGAGACCAGUAUGCCCACCGCAGCCGUCGGGGGCACCUGGGCCGGCAGGGGAGGCUCCACCCCAGGCCUUCGACCUCAGCCUGCACCACCGGCAGGCCAGUGGAGCCCCGUCGUGACCCAUGUGACUGCCGGGCCACAGUGCCACGCGGCUCCCGGGGAGGCCAGCCCGGCCGGGGGCCCCGACAACGCCCCGCUCGAGGACCACAAGUUGGUGGGGAAAAAGGACCUGAAUGCUCUCAUCCACGUGGGCUCUGGGGCCUCGGGGGCCGUGCGCAGCACAGGAAACCUGUCUCAGCCCCGCUGGGGCCACACCCGCACGCCACGCACCGCCAACCACCUGAAAAACUCCUAUUUCCGCUCACGGUCGUGGCGGCAGCCCCUGAGCAUCCACAACGGCAGCCGCCACACAACUCACGCGCACACAGACCGCGGCGUCAACACCGCUAACUGCAGCGACGCCUGA